AUGUCGGUCAGCUGUUCGAACCUUUGUUCGUCUUUGACGUUUCCUUCUUCGGAGUUCCCGGUCAGCCCGGUAUCUUGCGUUUCCCAUGCGGCCAACUCGACCAUCACAAUCACUGGUGGUCAAGCAACUGCGGGAUGCGGUUCGACGAUCACGCCUGAGGUCGACCUGUGCCGAGUUGUGUUGACCGUGGAGACGAGCGAUGAGUCGGAGACUUAUAUCGAAGUCUGGCUUCCUGAGGGCAACAGCGAGUGGAAUGGUCGAACGAUGAACACAGACAACGGAGGUGUCAAUGGAUGCGUGCAUUACGUUGACAUGCAAUACGUGUCUGGGUUAGGCUUCGCUGCCAUUGGAGACAAUGCCGGCCACAACGGUUCUUCUUUCGAUGCUACAUGGUUCGCUGGUUCUAACGAGGUCAUCCUUGACUGGGUGUACCGCGCUCGCCACUCUGCCGUUGUUGCUGGGAAGGAGGUCGUCAACCAAUUCUACGACCAAUCACCGGACUACUCAUACUACAUUGGAUGUUCUGCUGGUGGUGCUCAAGGCCUCAAGUCUGCGCAAAUGUAUCCUGAGGAUUUCGACGGCAUCAUUGCAGGCUCUGCCGCGGCCGACUUCAACCACUUGCAGGCUUGGAGCGGUCGUUUCGUCCAACUUACCGGAACUUCUUCUUCAGACGACAGAUUUCUUACCGAAGACGACUGGAUUACCGUUCAGUCUGCGAUCUUUGCGCAGUGCGAUGCAGCUCUCGAUGGCGUCGAUGAUGGCAUUCUUGAGGAUCCCACCAUUUGCCAGUUUGACGCUUCCGUUCUUUCCAACUCUACUUAUGGCUUGACUGAGACUCAAGUCGAGACUGUCAAGAAGGUCUUCUCCGAGCUCUACAACACCGCCGGCAACCUCCUCUUCCCAGCACUCCUCUACGGCUCCCAAGUGGAUGCCUUCCGCCUUGGUCAGCUCUCAGGCUCCGUCCAAGCCAUCUCCGAGGACUGGUACAAAUAUGCCGUCCUCGACGACGACAGCUGGAGCGCCCUCGACAUGGACCAAGCCGACUACGCCCGCGCCGACAAACUCGACGCCUCCCACGGCAACGUCUCCGCCUACUCAGGCGACCUUUCCAGCUUCUCCAGCGCCGGCGGCAAGCUGAUCAUGUACCACGGCAUGGCGGACCCGCUCGUCUCCGAAGGCAACAGCCAACGUUACUACCUCAAGGUCGCCGAGACCAUGGGUCUCUCCAACACCGGCCUCGACGACUUCCUGCGCCUCUUCCGCAUCUCCGGCAUGGCCCACUGCGGCGUCGGCGGGAUCUCUGGCGCGGGCGCGUGGAUGUUCGGGCAGAACGGCGAGGCGAGCGUCGCGAGCCACAACAUCAUCCAGUACCUCCAGGACUGGGUCGAGGACAGCAUCGCCCCGGAGACGAUCAUCGGCACCAAGUACUGGUACGAUGAACAAGCCAACGGUGUGCAGUUCGAGCGCGCUCACUGCCGUUUCCCAUACCGCACGACCUACCGCGGGGGUGACUCCACCCUACCCGGCUCGUGGGGCUGCGACCUGAUUGAAGACUGGCAGGAGUGCGGUCCGGGCGCGCUACCUAGGCUGUGUAAUGUCGAUGGCAGCUUUGAGCCUUGA